GCGAGUAGUAUGGCGAGUGAGCCCAGCACCACCAUUCCUACGGUGGAUUUGUCUCCCUUCUUCCAUGAAGAUGAAGCUGGGAGGAAGCAGGCCACAGAGAUCAUACACCAUGCUUGCCAGACCUAUGGCUUCUUCCGGAUAGUGAACCAUGGCAUGUCCACUGAGCUCAUGGCCCAAGCCAUCAAGCUCUCCAAGGCAUUCUUCGAACUCCCCGAAGAAGAGAAGCUCAAGUUCAGGCCCAUAGUUGGCUCAGAAGCCCCUCUACCUGCAGGUUAUUCUCGACAGCCUGACCAUUCUCCUGACAAGAAUGAGUAUUUACUGAUGUUCUCAUCUGAGCUAGGAUUCAACUUGCUCCCUGCGGACCCACCUGAGUUCAGAUCUGUCCUGGAUGAGUGCUUUACUCAGCUCGCAAGAAUAGGAUUACUAGUUGAGGAGAUCUUAAAUGAGUGCAUGGGCCUUCCUCCCAACUUCUUCAAAGAGUACAACAAAGAUCGAAGAACCGACUUCAUGGCGGCUCUGCGAUAUUUUCCUGCGACCGGCGUUGAGAACAAUGGAUUAAGUGAGCACCAGGAUGGGAAUUGCCUCACAUUUGUCUUCCAGGAUGAUGUUGGUGGGCUUGAGGUUCUUAAAGAUGGGGAGUGGAUCUCAGCUGAUCCUCAGGAAGGGAGCAUCAUUGUCAAUGUUGGAGAUAUCAUUCAGGUCCUGAGCAACAACAAGUUCCACAGCGCCAUGCAUAGGGUGGUAAGGAGAGGAAGACACCGGCACUCCUUUGCUUUCUUCUUCAACAUCGACGGUGAGAAGUGGAUCGAGCCUUUGCCGCAGUUCACGAGCAAGAUCGGCGAGGCUCCCAGUUACAGGGGUUUCAGGUACAAGGAGUAUCUCCAGCUGCGGUUGAGGAACAAGACCCACCCUCCUUCCAGGCCUGAAGAUGUCAUUCAUAUCUCUCACUAUGCCAUCUCCCCUUGCAAGUAGCAGGGAAGCAGGAUGGACGUAGGCAUGCACUCUGGUAAUGCCAUCAGGGAAAGUGGACCCUAGCUAUCUGUGAAAUCCAUGCGCAUGGAUUUAUUGUCUCCUGUGUAGCUUUUCAGCAGGUGCAAUUGGAUCAUAGACAUGCAUCAGGAUAUAUGUGCUAUGAGGAUAUUUAUAUGUUGCAGUUAUCAAAAGAUUCGCUCUCUUGAUACUAGAUUCCAUGCCGAUUUCAUUUUAUUACGGUAUUGAUACAUUUGGUAUAGAAUCCAAUUCAGCAUACCAAAUAUCGGUAUGCUUUCUAUACCACAUAUUAUGAUGGUACCAACAUACAUUGAUACCGAUCGAUACGUGAAAUCUUGGUUAUCGGUCUCCAAAUAAUCCUAUGUAAUUGAUUAGCUAGACAUAAUAAGUUAUGAAGUUGAUAGAUGGUCUACUGGACUCGUUAUCACGUCAACUUCAUGACUAAUUUGAUGGCCAAACAUUGUAGAAUUGGGGCAUGUUUUCAUGCAAUCAACAUGGCUCAAAUUGCCUAUG